AUGAUUUGGAGCCUUUUGAUAAAUGGUGAGCUGAACAACCUCCCAGUGACGCUGUAUAACAACAAACUACAGCUGUACAAGAGUGGCUGGUUUGCAGUGAUCGCGAGUGACUUUGGUGUGAAAGUCUCCUAUAACUGGGACAGUGUGUCCUUCGUCACUGUCCCCAGCAAGUACGCCGGCGCCAUGUGCGGCAUGUGUGGCAACUACAACCACAGGCCAGACGACGACCUCCAGAUGAAAGACGGGAGGCAGGCGGCCUCGGCCAAAGAGCUGGGUCAGAGCUGGACAGUGGCCACCGUUCCUGGCUGCGUCCAUGGCUGCAAAGGCCCCUGCCCUGACUGUAACAUCACCCAGAGAGAUCUGUACGCCACCAACAAGUACUGCGGCAUCAUCAGUGACGUAACAGGCCCCUUCCGUGACUGUCACGCCGAGGUCGACCCUGCCGGUUUCUUCCAGAACUGCCUGUAUGAUGUGUGUCUCUACCAGGGCAGCAAGGACAUGCAGUGCAAGACUCUUACUGCCUACACAGCUGCCUGUCAGGAGAAAGGGGCCACUGUCGACUCCUGGAGGACUGCUGACUUUUGUGCUUCCCAGUGCAAAGAAGGCAGUCACUACGAGCUUUGUGCCAGCAGCUGCUCUUUGUCAUGCCAGACUUUGACCCCAUCGGCUGGCUGCCAGGCUCCCUGUAGCGAGGGAUGUUUCUGCGAUAGUGGCUUCGUCCUCAGCGGAGACCAGUGUGUGCCCCUUGCCCAGUGCGGUUGUCAGUAUCUGGGCAGAUACUACAAAAAUGGACAAGUCUUCUACCCUAAUGGACUCUGCCAACAAGAAUGCACUUGUAACAGCACUGUGAAAUGUGUUGAAUUCACUUGUGGACCAUAUGAAAAGUGUGCCGUGAAGAACGGAGUCAGAUCUUGCCAGCCAGAAGGACAGGGAGUGUGCUCCAUCUCAGGCGACCCACAUUACAGAACCUUUGACAACACCACCUACGACUUCCAGGGCACCUGCACCUACACUGCUGCUCAAGGCUGCCACCUAGAGGGCACUCAUCUUACUCCCUUCACCGUAGCGGUGGAGAACGAGAAGUGGUAUGGAAUGUUGUCCAAUCCACGAGUGUCUGUAGCAAAGCUUGUGGCUGUUGAAGUAUAUGGAAUCACCUUGACUCUGCGCAAAAACGAAAUUGGAAUGGUCAUGUUAAAUGGAAUCAUGGUGAAUAUUCCUUUGACAAUCCUCAAUGGUGCAGUGCAGGUUUAUCAGGAGGGCUUGUAUGAAGUAAUUGCGACAGACUUUGGUCUGAAAGUCACCUAUGACCUAGUCUAUCACGUCACCAUCACCGUGCCUGGCAACUACCACGGCAAGACCUGUGGCUUGUGUGGAAACUUCAAUGACAACAAAGAAGAUGAAUUCCAGCUUCCAAACGGGAGCUUAACCAAGGACCUUCUGACCUUCGGGGCGGCCUGGAAGGUGAUUGUUCCUGGGGUGGUCUGUGAAGAUGGCUGCAGCGGAGACCAAUGUCCCCAAUGUGACAAGACCAAGACGCCUGUGUUUGAGAAAGACUGCAGCAUCAUUACAGAUGCUAAUGGUCCCUUUGCCGUCUGUCACAAAGUGAUAAACCCAGACUCUUACUUCAAAGACUGCGUCUUUGAUACCUGUAUGGCAAUGGGAGACCGUAUCAUGCUUUGUAACAGCAUCAACGCAUACAUGUCGGACUGCCAGAACUUUGGGGUAAACAUCUUGAAAUGGAGAACACCAACUUUUUGUCCUUUCUCCUGUCCUGCUAACAGCCAUUACCAGGUCUGCGCUGAGACAUGUUCAUCUCCAUGUCCCGGACUCUCAAACGCCAUCUCUUGCCCAUCCACCUGCGCUGAAGCCUGUGCCUGUGACUCGGGAUUCUACUUCAAUGGCACAGGCUGCGUGGGCUUGGAACAAUGCAGCUGUUACUCUGACGGCCACACUUUCAAGAUUGGGGAAACCUUGAUGACAGAAGACUGUCUUGGGGUCUACAUCUGUCAAGCAUCUGGAGUGGUCCUGUUUGAGUCUGUGACCUGCACGACUGAGGAGAGCUGUGGGGUCAAGAGGGGCGUGCAAGGCUGUCAUCCCAAACAGUGUCAGAUUCAGUCUGGUGGAGUCUUCACACCUUUCGAUGGACAGAGUGGCCACAUCACAGCUUCAGGGUCCUAUGAGUUAGUGAACGUGUGUAACCAGAGUCUGGUGUCUGAGUGGUUCACUGUGGUGGUGACACUAGAGGAGGAGAAAACUUCCCUCAAAGAUAUGGUUGCCUUGUAUGUCUUCUUCGAGGAUGUGGCAAUAAGUGUCAGUGACAAGCAUGAGGUUCGGGUCAAUGGCAAGAAGAUGACCCUGCCCAGUUUGAUAAAAAAUAACAUCUCAGUUAAAAUGUCUGACAAAACUCUGUUCAUUGAGAGAAAGUCAAACCUGCGGGUGUCCUUUAGUCCCUCUCUGGAGAUCACAGUUGCAGUCAGUGACAACAUGGCAGGCAAGUUGUGUGGUGCUUGUGGAAGACUCUUUCCUUCUGGAGUCGUAUUCCGGGCCUCCAGGAACACCAUCCUCACCGCUCUCCUUCAGACCAGAGAGUUUACUUACACACAGCAGUACAUGUCUGAUUGGAUAGCCCCAGACAUCCCUCAAUGGUAAAGCAGCUUAUGUCAAACAAUAAACACUGUGCCAAUUUAAUCUCUAAAUUGGAAAGAGUUUUAAGUUGUCUGUGAAAGGUUUUUAAAUAUUGUUUGGUAUAACAGCUUUUACAAAGAAUGAUGAUAAACAAUACAAUAUGCAAGGGAGAAGUUUGCCUUUCUUUUGUUGAAUAUGCACAUUUCCCUUCAGCAUAAUGUGUUUUUAUUUGACAGAUAUUGACCCUACAGUACAUCCAAAUAACUUGUUUUGUAAAUGACAGUUCAAUCAUAAUGUGAAUUCCAUCUUAAGUGUAUGUAAACCUUCUGUUUACGAACAUAUGAAUCAUCGUCAAUAAUCUUUUUGAUAACGGUCACAAAUUCUAUAAAUGUUCAAUAAAGUAAGUUCAUUUUCAUACAGCA